UGGUGACUGUUUGCGGAGAUGGUGAGAGCUGCUCUCCCUCCACUGUGUGUCUGGAUCAGAGUCCGUCACGCAGGAGUUUCCUGCUGGAAAUGUUUGCGCGCAGACGCGGCGCGCGUCUCCACGAGCCUCGCCUUUAACGCUGCUGGACAGAAGUCGGAGCGUGUUUAUUAGAAAUGAAUAGAACCUAAAGAUGAAUGUCUCCUUGUUCAACUCCUCCACUUGGAGAGCGGAAUCUGCGCUCAUUUCUGCGGGAUUCGCCCUCAUCUUCCUGCUCGGCACCGUGGGGAACUCUCUGGUGCUCGCGGUCCUGUUUCGCAGCGGACAGAUGAACACCAAAACCACCAACCUGUUCAUCCUCAACCUGGCCAUAGCGGAUCUCUGCUUCAUUGUGUUCUGCGUGCCCUUCCAGGCCACAAUCUACACUCUGGAUGAGUGGGUGUUCGGUCCUGCAGUCUGCAAAGUGGUGCACUUCAUCAUCUUUCUCACCAUGUAUGCGAGCAUCUUCACCUUGACAGCCGUUUCCCUGGACAGGCAUUUAGCCAUUUGCUACCCGUUCCGCUCCAGGGAGAUGAGGACGCCAAAGAACGCCCUCACUUCCAUUGGCUUCCUCUGGGCCCUGGCCUUGGUUUUUUCUGGACCAUAUCUCAGCUACUUCUCACAGAUGGACCUGGCUGGCAGUGUUGUGUGCAUUCCUACCUGGGAGUCCAAACCUCGCAUCAUAAUGGACAUGUGCACGUUUGUCUUUGGCUACCUUGUCCCUGUGCUGGUGCUCGGCCUCACCUACACUUGCACCAUCCGAUACCUGUGGACCAGCGUGGGCCCGUUGAAGGACAUGUCAGAGUCAAAGCGGGCCAAGUGGAAAGUCUCCAAGAUGAUGAUCAUCGUUGCUGCUCUCUUCUGCCUUUGCUGGCUUCCCCAUCACCUGGUCAUCCUCUGCAUGUGGUUGGGCCGAUUCCCCCUCAACCACACCACCUAUGUCCUCCGCAUCCUCUCCCACUUUGUGGCCUACACCAACUCGUGCCUCAACCCCAUCGUGUAUGCCCUCGUGUCCAAGCAUUUCCGCAAAGGCUUCAGGAAGGUGUUCAGCUGCUCACUGAAGAGGAGGGAGGUAAAUAAGGUGCAUGCUCAGGCGGUGAACAUGGUCAGCAGCAUGGAGAUGACCAAUUAGAGACAAGAGCCUCAGAGGAAGAGCCAG